UUGUUAUGAAAGAGCCAAACAUGGAAUUAACUCAACAAACAUUUUAUUUACAACAUGGAGUCCAUUCUUCCCCUAUUGUUUUGACUGUUCGGUUGAGGUUUUUUACUCCCCCAAAAAAUAUUUUGGAAAGAAAAGAAGUGGUUUAUGGCACUGAUGUUCAUAUUGAAAGAGGAAAUGGAAGUUUCUUGUCAGACAAAACACUUAUAGAUAAGCAACAACAAUUAACAAAAAAUAAGGAAAAUAAUAAUAACCAUCACCAAUUAAAUAAUAACCAAAAAUCGGAUACUGAACUUAAUUUUACCCCCGAAAACUCAACAAAUUUUACAGCAUUAGAUGAUCAUUUAAGACCCGAAUCGGCAGCUUCAGAACGUUCCAGAACCUCUUCCUAUUCUUACAAAAAAUCAAAAACUGGAAAUUUUUUGGGGAAAAUGAUUGGGCAGAAACAUUCAAAAAUAAAGAAUCGUCGCGAGUCUUCCAUUGGGCUAAGCAAAAUAAAUUUGGAAUUAAAUUAUGAUAAUGAACAGUUUAAAUUGGUUGUGAAUAUUGUUGAAGCAACAGGCCUAUUACCAAUAAGUAAAGACGGCUAUGCAGAUCCCUAUAUAACUCUACGUUUAAUUCCAAUAGAAGGACAAAGAGGAUUGGCAUCUGCUGGAAGUAUAUCUCCAGGAAAGGGAGGAAGGAAACAAACCAAAAUUGUGGAGAAUUGUUUAAAUCCAAUAUUUAAUGAAAUAUUUGAAUUUGGUUUUCAUUUUUCAGAAUUGGCUUAUUUCAAAUUAAUUUUAACUGUUAAAGAUGCCAGAAAUUAUGGAAUGUUUGAAAAAAGAGCGGUACUUGGAACGGCAGAAAUUCCUCUAAAAGACGUAGAUCCGUCAAAACCAAAAACCAACUUAUGGCUAGAUUUAACUAAUUAAAUUUAUUUUAAAAAUUCUAUUUUUUAAUCUAAUAUUUUUUUGUUGCAUUUGUUUUUUAUAGUUUUUUUAAAUUGUUAUUCCAAUGUUUUUUAAAUUAAUUUUAAUUAAAAUGAAUAAUUUAAUUUAUUAAACUUAGCAAACUUUAAAGAAAAGUUGCAAGGAAGUGUUGUGGUGUAGUGGUAUAUUGUUGGGCUUCAAACCUAUCUUAUUAAAUAACAUGUGUUGGGUUCGAUUCGAAUCCAUGAAAUGGUCUUU